AUGCCGCUCGAAGACGCGGAUGAAAUGUUCGCUCAGUUGCACAAUGGCAACCUAUCGGAUGUCGGCGAUACUGAAGAUGAGGAAGACGAUGACUUCGUUUUUGAAGAGACUGGGAGCAAUGACGGCGUCCUUGAAACGCGGGAAGCGUCAGAUGAGUUGGACGAGUCAGACGAGGAACAGGCAUGUCAAGAAACAUCGUGGUGCCGGAAAGCUUUUCAGAAGCCGUCAGCCGAUUUCAUGGGAGUUUGCGAUGAAAAUGAACCUCUUCAAGGUUCAACGACAUGCCUGAAUCCAGACCAAAAGAAGGAAUUUGGCGCCACGGGUGCUUUGGUUCUUCACUUCACGUCAAGGAUUCCGGAUGGACUUGGAGACAAAAUGGUUUUGGACAAUUUCUUUACAUCUUUGCCUGUGAUUCGAGAACUCGACAAGAAGAAGAUAUAUGCUGCCGGCACUAUACGCAUCAACAGGAUGCAAAAGUGUCCACUGAAGUCGGAGAAAGAAUUGAAAAAAGCUGGAAGAGGCUCCCAUGACACUUUAGUAAGCAGUGAUGGAAAGAUUGCCAUAACGCGGUGGUUGGGUGACCGCGCGGUGAACAUGGCAUCCAACUUCCUAGCUGUUGAAGAAGAAGAUUGUGUCUCCCAAUGGAGUAAGACAGAUGGUGCUUUCAUUGAAGUGAAACGGCCUGAUGUAGUGCAACAAUACAAUCAGAGCAUGGGAGAAGUUGACAAGACCGACUUUCUUGUGUCACUAUACUGCACCAACAUUCGUUCUAGAAAAUGGACACUUCGCGUUAUUGCACGCUUCAUGAACUUGGCUGUGACGAACUCCUGGCUGGAAUAUCGACGCGAUGCUGAGCAACAAGGACUACGCGUAAACGAUCAGAUGGACCUUCUAGAUUUCACGCUGCAAGUUAUGGAUGCCCUAGCAAAAGCUGGUGUGGCUGUUGCGUCGCGAAAGCGUGGGAGACCGUCUGCUUCCCCGAUGCAGCUAUUGAAAAAGCUUCAGUGUGGCAAUCAAAGGCCAGUGGAAGAUGUCAGGUAUGACCAAACCGGUCACUGGCCUGUUGCGAAAGAAGAACAACAGCGCUGCAUGCUGGAAGGCUGCAAGGGCAAGCCAAGAAUCAAGUGUGAAAAGUGCAAUGUCUACCUCUGCCUCAUGAAUGGGAGAAACUGCUUCAAAGAAUUUUAUGUCCGUCCCUGA